GAGACACCUAUACAGAGGAGAAAAACUUGGAUUUAGCUAAAGGACAGCUCCACAGAGAAAAUAAAUAGGACAGGUAUGUUCAAAGUGACAUUUAGGCAGCUUUUUCCCUCAUCAUGAAUGUCGCAUCUCCUCCUACCAGUUUCUACUCCUGAGCAUAACACGUAUCUAACAUGCCAUGCAGAGUGAUUUGUGAAUGAAUGAGUCAGCCAUGCAACAGAAUGACAGUGCACAGACCCUGGCACCAGAGGUUUGUGAGCAGGUGCUGGAGGAUAAUGCAGGACUGGGUUACGGUGGCUCUACUGGUAACCUGUCGCUGCGCUGCUGGCUGCACUUCUUAAGCAAGGAAUCUAUCCUGGAACUACAGGGCGAUGGCUCCAGCAUCACAGUGCGUGUGAUGAUAGCUCUGGUGUACUCCGUUGUGUGUGCACUGGGGCUAGUGGGGAACUCUCUGGCACUCUACCUGCUUCACUCACGCCACAGUCAGAAGCAGUCCUCCAUCAACUGCUUUGUAAUGGGCUUGGCUCUCACAGACCUACAGUUUGUUCUCACACUCCCCUUUUGGGCUAUUGACACGGCUCUGGACUUCCGCUGGCCCUUUGGCAAAGUAAUGUGUAAGAUCAUCAGCUCCGUGACCAUCAUGAACAUGUACGCCAGCGUCUUCUUCCUGACUGCCAUGAGUGUGGCGCGGUACUACGCGGUGACCUCGGCCCUCAAGAUGCACAGCAGGCGGGCAGCGGCGGCUGGUGCCAAGUGGAUCAGCCUGGGCAUCUGGGUAGUGUCGCUGCUAGCCACCCUGCCCCAUGCCAUCUACUCCACCAGUGCCCAGCUGUACGACCAGGAGCUGUGUUUGGUGCGAUUCUCUGAGUCGGGCAGCUGGGACCCUCAGCUGCUCCUGGGGCUGUACCAGCUACAGAAGGUACUGCUGGGCUUCGUCAUCCCCUUGGUGGUCAUCACUGUGUGCUACCUGCUGCUGCUGCGCUUCGUGCUGAGCCGACGCAUCAGCGGAGCGGGCUGCUCGGAGGGCUCGGAAGGCCGCCACAAUCACCGCUCCAAAGUCACCAAGUCGGUGGCCAUCGUGGUGCUGUCCUUUUUCCUGUGCUGGCUGCCCAACCAGGCGCUGACGCUGUGGGGCGCGCUGAUUAAGUUUGACCUGGUGCACUUCAGCAACGCAUAUUACAAUGUCCAGAAUUACACCUUCCCUCUGACUGUGUGUCUGGCUCACACCAACAGCUGCCUCAACCCUGUGCUCUACUGCAUAGUCCGCCGUGAGUACCGCGCGGGCCUCAAAGAGCUGUUGCUGCGCGCCACACCCUCCCCAAGGAGCCUGGCCAACCUGCUGCCCCGCAAGGCCAAGGUGGCAGAGGCUCCCCCUGACAUGGUGCUGGUCCAGAUGGAUGUUUCAGGCAGGCUGGCGGGUGGCUCAGCGCCUCUAGUAGACUAUUGAUGGGCAGCUACAAGGAACACACUCAGCUCUCCAAAAUACACAUUUCAUGAAAUUUGUUUGUUGUGAUUGAUGGAACAGCACCAUCACAAGGAAUGCCCAUUGGGAUGUGCCCCAGUUUCUUUCACCCUACUCAGAUUCUCUUUGCCAGAUGUGUUUUUCCUCUGUCUCCUCCAGUGCUUCUCUGCAUUUUAAGAACUUGUGCUGCCUUCUCGUAAUUUGUCAUGAAUAUGUAACACGUAGCACUCAUGUCAGGGGUCUCAACAGGUUCAAACCGUAAUGCUUCACCUUCUGCUUUGUACCUGCCAGAUAACACACACAAAUCGUCAUUCCCCCUAUGAUCUCCAUCAAGGGGACAAUGAAUUAUCCAUUUGUUUCACUUAUUUGAAUUGGUGAAUUUGCACUCUAUAGAACAGACUUUCUGCCGCUUAUUCUAUUCAUGAGAUGAUGAGAGACUGUCCAUAGGAUGCAAGAGUUUAUUCAGAUACCACACACUAACGUCUGUGCAGGGUGUUAUUGUCGUGCAAUUCAGUACCUUCUAAUUGCAUUUGGUCAUGUCCUCCUAUGCUAUAACUGUCCUUGGUAGGUGUAUAUAUCCUUUAAUUCAUCAAAUAAAACUUGAACUCAAUUAUAAUCUAUUGAUAUGGUUAAUUUUAUAUUGUUUUGAUUGGUGGACUGUUAUUACCAGAGCCAUGUGGGCAAAUGUCUUUCUCCAGGAAGCUUUGUUGUGUGUGCAAGCAACCGAUUAGUAGAGUAUUCCUUUUCUCCAAAGAAUAAAUAUUUUUCUGACAUUGAAAAAUAAAGGAGUGCGGUGGGAACAUAUUGUAUAUGUGAUAGAGCUGAAUAAUUUAUCAGAGGAACACACCAGAGAGCAAGUUGUACAUCAUUGCCUUACACAACAUUAGCUGAUCAUGAAAGGAAAACAUUUCUCACCAAUGUUAACUGCAGUUGUACGCAAGGUCAGCAUCUCUUAGUGUGUGCACUAGAAUGUAAGAAAACAAUUUAGAUUUGAAGGAAUGGAAAGUUGCAUUACAUUGCAACAAAAAGACAACCUUGCUUUCAGUCUUUGCUUUUUCUGUCUGUUACAUGUGAGCUGCGUACACACACUGAGCCACUGCUUGCUUUGAGCCAUACAAAGUUAAUGUCUUAUGGGAUAUCAUCCUCCUACCCAUUCAUAUAUCUAUGUUAAUAAAUCAAUUUGAAGGAAAUAUAUUACAAAUAAUGAAAUAGUCGAAACCUUCAAUGGAAUGUGAACAAGUCUCUGUGAAAUCAUGUACUGUAAAGGUUAUAUUGCAAAAGCUACACUAUUACUAAUGUGAUUCACCAUUCUUUGUAAUUGUGUUGCCUCGAUCUCAUUAGCUAUAUAAACUGUUUUAGUAAAGAUGAAAAUAUGAUUUUUGUAAAAUUGCA